AUGGAGCCCCUGCCGUGUGGGGAGCAGGYGCCCAGGGUGUCGCUGGCGGAGCUGCUGCGGUGCCUGGAGCGGCCCCUGGGCGAGGAGCAGGCCUGGGCGCUCUGCUUCCAGGGCUGCCGCACCAUGGGGCGGCUGGCACGGGCGCCGCCGCCCGCGCUCCACGCCGUGCUCAUCAAGGGCCUGGGCAGCGUCUUCAUCCACGCUGACGGUGACGCCUCCUUCAAGGUCCAUCAGAAGAGCGCAGAUGUUGGCAAUGCUCAACAGCUGGAGGAGAAGCUGCUGGAGUACUUGGGAGUGGUGGUCUAUGAAGCCCUGGACUGGGGAAUUGACAGCCAAGCAGAGCGAGAACUGAGUGAGCCCCUGGAGAAGCUCCUGUCCCUCAUGCUGAAGCUGGACAACRAGGCGGUGAAACGGGUGGUCACCCUGCAGGAUGUUAUCAAGAUCUGUGAGGAUCGCUUGCCCAGGCCUUCUGAGGCUGCCAGCCAUUACAAGGGGACCUGCAGGAGUCUUUUUGCUGAAUAUGUAGAACUUCAGAAGCUUCUCUCUGUCAUCCAGACUUCAAAAGAGAGUCUGAGGAAAAUGGACGCGGAACACUUGCUGGAGAAUCCCUUUCUGAAGAAGGAAAAAUACUUGGCAGCCCUGUGGCCGGCCGUGGUGCGUGAGCUGCAGAGCGGCGUGAGGCUGCGCGCGGCGCCGCCGCGGCGCCCGGCCCCUCGGCAGCAGCGCGCCCGCUCCCCCUACGAGGYGCUGGCCGACGACAUCCGGCACCGGCGCUACACCCUCCGCAAGGUGAUCACUGAGGAAAAAUGCAAGGGCUCCAGAGUUGAUGCAACUUCUCCUAUGCCUCACUUAAAACCAGUGCUGGAGAGGCAGCUGAGCGAGCGGCCGCCGCAGGAGCCCGGCUGCCACGAGCAGCUCAUGGCAGAAAUUCAACRGCUGCGGAGACUUCGGCCGCCGGCGCCCAAGGAAAACGGGAGCGGGCCCAGAGAAAUGCCUUCGGCACCAGAUCCUGCCUUGAAAUCUCCAAGCAAWAACAUCUUAACUCUUCAAAAUCUCAGUACAGAGGUUAAUAUUCUUAAUGUUGUACCACAGCAGCUAGGACCAGGAGUUCAGGAAGCAGCUGCCCCGCUGGCUCCCCGCACGCUGCCUGCCUCAGCCAGGUCCUCUGCAACCACCUCCGCUAGCACAGGUCUCUCUGCAGACUGCACAUGUGCUCCCAUAAGUGGACCCRUCCUAGGAGACAUGAAACCUGUCUGUUCCCUGAACUCCAGCCAACGGGAGCUGCCUCCAUACAGAAGAAGGUCUAGAUCUUUGGAGAAUGCCCUUCAAAGCAAGGAGCUUGACCGUCCCUUACCUACCAAAUGGCCAAUGCCAACCAUAGCUGAGCUGAUUAGAACCAGAUACGCGAUGAUGGUGCUGGAGGAGGAAGGCUCUCCCAGAAGAUGUGGUGAUGGUGUCUUUCCAAGAGCCAAGAUCUGUUUCAGCUGCCAUAAGCAGAUGUUCCUUAAGUGGCCUUACAGCUGUUAUCUCUGCAGCAGUGUCGUCUGCUGUGACUGCUGCGUCAAGAUGUCCAUGCCCUUCAGAAUGUGUGUACAUCUUCCCCUGGGCUUCUUAAAACUUCUGAGACUCUCCAAAGAGGAGGUUCCAUCUACUCAGCAUCAGAAGAGCUUAGACUUGCUGCGUGAACUGGAGCGCUGGAAGUGUCCUAGUGUGCCUGUUGUGUUGGAGCCCCACAGCCUGGCACRGCCCCUGCGCCUUUACACGCGGACUAGGGCAGACUGGCAGUCGGUGGAUAUCUGCACUCGGUGUGAGCAGUAUCUGCUGGAUGUGGCUCCUGCUCAGCAGCUGAGCACCUCRCUUGGGAGAAUGUCCAGGUCUUGGACCAAACUGGAAUGAAGGGCUCUGCUGUAUAUCUCCUGUCACUCGUUCUGUACCUGAAGUCAAUGAAACACCUUUAUGCAUGUAUGGACAUAAAGGCCUGACUAAAAGACCUCCCUGCUGUUUUUUUCCUAAGCAGGAAGCACUGUUAAUAUUUAUGCUGUAAAGUAUUAUAUAACGUUGUGUGGCUUUUAGAAUUGUUUUAAUUCUUUUAUGUAUUUUUUGGGGCAAAUAAAUGUUGAAGCACUAU